UAUCUCGACUCUCUAUCGAGUAUUUUCUGUCCAAAAAAUACUGAACACUUGUAUCAGUCAAACACUACAGAAAAUACAAACACAAACUGUUGUUGUGUUUUGACUGAACAGAGAGUGUAUUGAAAGCGAAAAAUAUUAUAUUAUAUGAAAACAUUGAGUGAAUGAAUGAAUGUAUGCAAUGAUUACAUGAAAUUUAUGGACAAUGUUUACAACAAUUAUUGGCAAAUAAAAUGCCAAAAAGGAAACGAUCGGAAAGUGUUGGCCAGUGGACAGUCAACGGCGGUACGGACAGUGACGGCGAUGUUGUCGAUGGCAGUCACGGACGAGACAUUGAAACAACAAAAGGCGAUAAUAACAACAUUACGAUUGCUUUGAAACUGAAACCAAUUGAUAGUAACAACACAACCGUCGGUGAUAUUAUUGCCGAAACAGAGCCCAUGACCAGUGCUGCAGAGUUGAUGCCGAAAAAUGUGGGAACAACACCGCGAAGUGGAUCGACGGUUGUCAACAGUUUAUAUACUAAUGGACUUUCGUUAUCACCUAAUUUGGAUGAAAACAUCUCUCAGUCGUUAUCGCGGCGAAAGUCUAAUCGUAUAUCAAAACCAAUUCAACGAUCAAUGGAGUUGUCGUCGACAACAACCAGUCCUAACAGUUCAACAAAGAAAAUCGCCAAACAACAUAUGACACAAAACUCGGUAAACAAUUGUGAGUCUAAUGACCGAUCGGUUGUCAAGAAAUCGGAGGACAACGCAAAUCACACGAAAGGUUCGAAAGGCGGCCGAAAGUUGCAGAUGUGGACCAAUGAUGACACCAAAUGGUUCUUCGAAGCCAUCGCUGAACACGGAAAAGAUUUUCCAAGAAUACAGUCAUAUAUGGCUCAGAGAUGCGAGAAAAAAGGUAUACCAACGGAUCAGAUCAAGAACUAUGAACAGGUCCGACAUUAUUACUAUCGGAUGUGGCAUAAGAUCGCCAACUCGUUGCUAACAAACGAAGUGGUAGACAAAAACAUUCAAGAAAUUUAUGGACUCAUCAAUUAUGGCGAGAUAUGGAAAAAAUUUGGCACAAAAUAUGAUAAUAAACUGACUCUCAAUUUGCAACAAUUGGUUAACUUUGGUCACACAACAUUCAAAGUAAAGGGAAAGAACUUACGCGUUAAGACUCCCAUUUGUAACGCAUUGAAGAAGAUUCACAAAAUAAAUGUUGCAAAUAACACGAAAACAAAUGACAGUCCGAGCCUAUCGAGUCUACCAAAAGAAGUGACCAUUGAAUUACAUCCGGUGGACAACGAAUCGUGGCUUAGAGUUCAUUCAUUAUCGCAGAAUCCAAGAGUCAGAACGAAAAUGUCUUUACAAAAGCGUUUGUAUACUUUAGUUGAUUAUCUCGAACGACGAUGGAGUCAAUCCCGUAUUAAAGACUCGGAGUGUCGAACCAUUUGCGGGACACCACUUGACCAGAAUUUACCCGUAGUAGAGAAGUGGGCGCUCAGAGUGAGGCCCCAUUCAAGUCAUCACUUGAAUAGUGUAUCACUUAGUAAAUCAUACUUUAACUCUCAAAUGGACUUAAGUUUAACCGCAUAUUUGAAAACAUUAUACAAUCAUGAGAUGAAUACAAAGUCAAAGAGAUCCAAAUCUUCGAACAAAACGAAAGACAGUAAUAGAGAGCUAAAGUCACCAAAUUGUGAACAGACUGGAGAUCAACAAAGAGAUAAUAAUAAUGAAGACAAAAGUGACGAUAAAACGGAUGAUAAGAUGAGCGAAGACAAGAAGAGCGAAGAUAAAAGUUGUGUCGACAAUAGUAAAAGCGCACAAACAGUGUCGCCAACAAUAAAGUCUACCGACAGUGAGGUCAAGUCUGAUGAAGACGAGCCGAUUGCUGAAGCGGAACGAUCUCUUACAUUGCUUCGAAUGUUAGAGAAAAUGAAUGCAAUAAGCGAUGAGAUUCAUGCCAUUGAUGAAGACGACGACAAAGAGGAUGACGAUCAAAACAAAGAGGAAGAAGAUAGAGAUUUUCCGUCGCCUGAGGCCAAUGUUCUCUGUUUACCGGAACCACCGGCUAAUGCAACACUUGCUCAAUGGCUGAGUAGUGGUUACGGUGAAGAUAACGAUGAAAAUGAUGAGAAUGAAGAGACAGAUGGUUGUAACGAUAAUCUAAAGAAAGCUUCGGUAACAACAGAGACAACAAUUGAGAAUCAAAUGUCUCUAUUGAGUGCUGAUAGAGCCCGAAAAGGCUGGUCAGUCAGCGAAACCGGUGCCAUGACUAUAGGCGAACUUUAUCUACUUUUUCGAUGUCCUAAAACUAUUCAUUUAGAAUAUUGUUGGGAAUCGAUUGUAUCCGUAAAUUGUGAUAUAGCACAUCCCGGUGAAGACACUACUACUGCCAACACGACAACAAAUGAAGACUCUAUUGUUACGUCCAGUGAUGACAUUAAAACAAAUGUUGAUUCAAACAAAACUGAAUCAUCAAAUAAGUCAAAUACAACAACAGAUUUGUUGUACAAAUUAUUACUGGCGGCCAAUGUAUCGCUCAGUCGUCUGAAGCGUCCGUCAAACGGUUCAACUUCUCAGACACAGAAGAAAAAGCGUAUUAAACCGACACAACUGUUGCCUGCAUUGCUAUCAUCCGCGCCAUUGGUUUUAAAACCGGCCGAUAAUUCAUCACAGAUAUUGUCAAAUGUGAUACAAAAUACCAUUUUCAACGAUAACAGCAACAGUAAUGAGGCUAACAAUAAACAACAAAAUUCAUUAACAAAUCUAAACGACAGUAAAAUUGUAUCGAUUCUUCAGGACAACAAUUUUCCAAUGCCUACCACUCCUGCACCCAAAGCGGUCAAUAAAACAAAAGGACGUAACGUUUGCGACGCAUCCAUACAGGAAGCGCUCAAACAAUUGCAGUCUCAUAAAUACACGCGACGCCAUCGGCGGGCACUUUCUAAACCAGUGUUUAACGGACAGAUAAAGCCUUUACUACCGCGCGGUAGUUCAUCGGCAAUGACAAUAGCGACAACUACUGCCACUGUUACGCAAAAUCAACCGAUCUAUGUCUUGCCAUCGCAUUCAUUGACAUUAAACGCAUUGAGCUCUGCUGUUACAUCUCAGUCAUCAUCGCAAUCAUUGCCCGUAAUAGGAGUAACAUCUCUGACCACAAGUUCGACAUUACGACAGUCAUUGGAAGCUCGGAAUCCAGUGACUGUCGACACAUAUAAUGUUUUCUUACCGCAAAAGUCUCCGUUAGACGAUUCCAACCACAACAACAACAUUAGUAACAAUAGUAAUAUACCUCUCAUUAAUCUCGAUGUCAUCCAAUCGGUGUCUGUGCCUAUAAUAAGCUCUUCGUCCACAAACAAUACGACAGCAUCUAAUUUAGGACAACAAACACUUAAUGCAAACUCAUUUUCAAUUGUUGACCACAAAAGUAUUACCCUUUCGUCCGGCAAAACAAAUCAUGUAAACAAUUUAGACUUACCAACGAUUUCGUUGGGAUCAGAUGUCAGCCAAGUAUUAAACAAAUCGAUAAAAAAUGAAAAUCAAACUAUCAGUUCAAGUGAUGAAUCGUCAGAAAAAUUACCGUUAAUAUCGACGGCGCCAACCAUUAGUUCAUUACUGGAAAUCUCAUUACCUGAACCUCCAUUUAGCAACAAUUCGUGUUCCAGUUUUACCGAUGGCUAUACCAUUGAUAAGAGACCGUUCGAGAGAUUAACACUGACUACCGAUGACAUAGUAGCCGCUAUUGACCACCAAUCAAAUCAUAACAAUAGUAUUCAUAAGUCAUGCACAAAUAUGACUGAUCCAACACUGGCCACAUCUGUGUCAUCGUCGUCAUCAUUGGCCAGUCCUCCCAUCGAACGAAACAAACUCAAUACAUCACCGGUAGUCGACACUCAUUGGCUCAAUGGUGACAGCAAUGAACUAUCUUUGGGAACAUUACUCAACACUUGUGAAUCUCCCGUCAAAACAAUGACCAUCAGAGACAAUAGUUCACUAACUAAUGAUGUAUCUAUUUCUGGUAUGAGUUGUUUGGUGACCGACAAUAGCGUAGACAUGAUUGCAAAGUUUGCCGAUUUGGCCGCACAUAUAGGCGACAGUAACUCCAAGUCUACUUAAUUCAUAAUAUACAAUAUGAUAAUCCAUUUAACUAUUCAUAGCCUUAAAAAAAUAU